UUAAUUUAAAGGUGAACAACCCCUGUAACUUUUAUAGAACUUUAUAGGCUCCUCUUGUCAUUGUUACAGCGGGAGAAACAAACACAAAGCCAUUAUAAGAGCCUGUCACUAGCCGUGUGUGAGACAAUAUCUAUUGAGCUGCAGCACGUGACUCUGAGGCUUUGGGGCUGCGCUGCCGGGUCUCAGGGGGAGGGACAGGGUGACGAGACACGUGACCGGAGUGCGGAAUAAUAAGGUACAAGGAGUCAUUUGUCGGCGGAAGGAUACGAUGUAUCGGACGGAGGGAAGUGACAGGACGGACAUUGGUUUCAUCUCCUCACUGACAUAUGGGACCCAGCGCCUCCUCCCUGCCCCUCCUUCUCGGGAGUGGGGGGCAGGAGGAUAUCCGGUCUGAGACACGCCCCCUGUGUCCGGGGAUGUGAUUCCCGCUCGGACUGUGGCGCAAACAAAUCGGGGAUUUCCCGGGCUCGGCCCCGUCUUGAGGCGAUGUCUCGGGUCCGGAAAGUGAGUGGGAGAUCGGCCCAGAUAAAUGAAGAAAAAGAGGAAAAAGAUUCGGAGGACCGGAGCCAGAGGCUGCACCAGGCGGAGGCAGAAGGUUUAGCCAUUAAGCUGAGUCAGCACCCACAGCGCCUCUCUGACUCUGAGAAUGAAGAGCCAGUCCCAGACAGGAUCCCUCACCGAUCAGCCUUUGUUUCCAAAAGCAGUGCCAACUCCCUGACCUCCUUGGCCUGGGGUCGUCAAAGUAAGGUGGAGCGGAGCCAGAGCUGCACUGAUACAACAGUAAAUGAGAGCAUCACGCUGGGCAGGAGGAGAGCAGCACAUCCCCCAAAAGCCAAGGUCCCCCUUGGAGGAUGCCUAUCUUCAGCCGUUGUUGGAGUCCUGUUGUCUACAGAGAACAGCCGCUCGUUUUCCGCCCCUGUUCUGACAGCGGAAAAACGCCUGUCCCUAAACCCUCUGACCUCCUUUGUGCCGCUGCAUAAGCCCGAUCGAUCCAUCAGCCCGGAGAGCAAUGACAGCAUUUCAGAGGAGCUCAACCACUUCAAGCCAAUCGUGUGCUCUCCUUGCACACCUCCCAAGAGACUGCCCGAUGGCAGAAUUUUAAGCCCCGUCAUUAUCAAGUCAACGCCCAGAAACCUAAGGAAAAGCCUCCAGAAGCCCACCACCUAUGAGGCCAGCCCCAUGAUCCUGAAAAAGUGGGAGCAAGUGUUUCAGGACCGACAGAUGAAAAAGACUCUCUCCAAAGGGACGCUGACAUCUUCUGCUGAACCUGAUGAAGAUGCUUCCUCCAAAAAUAAGCAAGUGCCGUCCAGCAGGGAACUGUCCGCUUGCAAGAACAGUCGCAGUGGGAAGCGCAACACUUUACUGGGGGAUGUGGAACUUUUACCCUCUUCUAGCAAAAGUGUUCAUUUGGAAAUGAGAGAUGAAGGGAAGAACCUAGUUUUGUCCAACAACGAUAGCCUUGUGAGCACUGGGCCACUUACUGAGACGGGUGGGGCCACAGACUUUACUGAUCUCAAUUCAAAUUUACGUAGAGGCUCCAAACCUAUAGAAGCUGAUUCCAAGGAACCCCAUUCCAAGUGUCUUCGGGUAAAGUCACUCAAAACGGCAAUUAAACGCCCUCACAGAAUCAGCACCCAACUAGUGAAUAUGCAAAAUGGAGCAUGCUUUAGAGCUGCCGAGAACAUCAGCCCCCAGAUUCCCCAACGCAGAGGCCAGAAGAAGAGAUGUAAAACCAAGCACUUGGAACAGAAUGGCUCCUUUAAGAGGUUAAAGGUCACACGCGGGGGCAAAUGUGUUCAGGGGUUGGACCUGCGGCGGAAAGACACAGAACAGAGACUGGCCCAGGAGGAGGAGGAUAAAAAGCUGGCACUUAAACUCCAACAGAUAUUCGACAAAGAAACAAGGACGGUAAACCGAUGCAAGGGGAGCCGGGAUGAAUACCCCUUGCGUUCCAAAAGCACGGCCGGCGCAAAUUAGCACUUUCUUAUUUUUGCAUUUUCUAUUAAGAUCCAAUCUAAAAGAAAAAACAGUGAUUAUAGAGAUUACUAUUUUUGUUCUCCCUGUAUUUUUGUCAUGAAUAAUCCAUAAGUGGGUAGGUGGGCAUUUGAUGUAGAACCACGGUGGAUUAAAGUGGUAGCAGAGCCAUGGCCAAUCCAAAUGGAUUUUGUCAGCAGAACCAUGACCUGUUAGGGUGGAUAAUAGUAGCAGAACCAUGACCAGCCAAGAUGGAUGAUGGUAGCAGAACCAUGACCAGUUGGGAUAGACAACAUCAGCAGAAUCGAGACCAGCCAAGAUGGAUGAUGGCAGCAGGACCAUGACCAAUUCAGAUGGACAACAUCAGAAGAAUCGAGACCAGCCAAGAUGGAUGAUGGCAGCAGGACCAUGACCAAUUCAGAUGGACAACAUCAGCAGAUUCAAGACCAGCCAAGAUAGAUGAUGGCAGCAGAACCAUGACUAGUUCAGGUGGACAACAUCAACAGAAUCAAAACCAGCCAAGAUGGAUAAACCAUGACCAGUUCAAAUGGACAACAUAAGCAGAACCAUGACUAGCCAAGAUGGAUGAUGGCAGCAGGACCAUGACCAGUUCAGAUGGAUGAUGGCAGCAACUUUUAGUCUUUAGAAGAACUUUGUCCAUCCUUGUCAUUGGGUGAAUAUGUAUCUUUCAUUGUCCUGUUCCCAAACUCGCUUAUCUCUCUCUAUAUCUGAUAGCUGCUCCCUGGUUAUCGAGUAAUUGCCUCUAACUAACUGCUAACGUGGGCAUCGCUAUAGCUUAGUGAUAUUUAAGCAAGGGCUCUUCUAUGUUACUAUGCAGUGUUUAUGCAUACAGCAUCCAGAGAGAGGGACCCUGCGUUUCUGUGGCCCCUCCAGACAACACUAAGAAGGGGAAAACAUUUAGAUUAUUUUGUGAAGUUGCAGUGACGGAGCUUAAUAUGUGACCGAAAUUAUCUAAUACACAAGCCAUGAAUAUCCUGUAAAUGAUAUCCUUAAAAUCGGUACUUAGUGAUGUCACAUGACUCAUGUAUUAUAAUAAAUAAAGUACCCUCGGUUGCAAAAUAUGAGGAUAUUAGAAGUCACCUCGGAGUUCCAUGACCUGUAUAAAAACACUUUGGCCAAGUGCUUUUAUAUUGUCAUGGAACUCCUCUGUAAUUUAUGAUAUCCUUAUAUAUUACACUAGGGGGUACUUUAUUGACUAUAUUAGAGCUGCUCCUUGCAAAAUGCCUUCUUUGCUGCUCCCGACCUCUGAUGCAGCAGCCCCGGCCCCCCAGUCCGAUGGUGCCCCCAAGUGUUUCAUAUAAGGAUAUUGAAAAACAAUAUGAGAUGUUUGCAAUUGUUUGGUGAUAGAAAGACCCUCUUUCUAUGUCUGAGGUGUAAUUAGUGAACUAACUUCUAUAUCAAGGACAAGACCAACCCCUCUGUAGUACUCAGGGACCAUCCCCUGUCCAGUCAGUCAAUAUACAAUGUGCCCAGGGGCUAGUGAUGCUCUUGGACAGUCCAUGGGACCAUACAAAUUUCUGACAGGGCCAAAAUCCUUCCCAUGGGUCUCCAGUUGCACAGCUCUGCCCUACACAAUUAAUUGUUGGGCGUGGCUUGAUAUUGGUAUCCGCUGUGCAGCAAUCUCAGAGAUCAUUGGUUGGUCUGUCCCUGAAAUAGAGGUUACUGCCAGUGAUGCAUGCUGGGAAAUGCAUCUGGAUAUCAGUCUCUCUGACAUCACUGAGAAGCAAUAAUAAAGAUUUAUGUCACUAUAUAUCAAAGCUCCUCUAUAUUAUGAGGUGAGUCACUGCUAACAGCUUAGGCCUUCAGUGAGUAACUCCCGGUAACCCCGAUCGGGGCAUGAAUUUAUGAUGUUAUUAUUGAAGGGUUAAAAGCUACAUUUUGCCAAGAAUAAUCUCUGUCCUAAAGUGAUGCCUGCUGGGAAAUAAAUGGGUGUUUGCUUUUUGUA